AUGAAUGAGCUCUUGUCCAAGAAGAAGCUCAAUGGUAUGGAAACUAUCGCACUCACAGAAAGCUGUAGUGCUAUUUUAACAAAUAAGUUGCCCCCUAAAAUGAAAGAUCCUGGGAGCUUUACUAUCCCAUGUUCAAUUCACAACCGUUAUUUGGGCAAGACUUUAUGCGACUUGAGAGCUAACGUCAAUCUAAUGCCACUAUCUACUUUCAGAAAGUUGGGAAUUUGUCACAUGAAACCUAUUGCAGUGACAUUGCAACUAGCUGGUCGAUUCUUGGCUCAACCUGAAGGGAAAAUCAAAGAUAUCUUAGUUUGUGUGGAUAAAUUCAUUUUUCAAGCUGAUUUUAUCAUACUUGACUAUGAGGCAAACAGGGAGCCAUCUAUCGAAAAAGCUCCUACUAUAGAGUUGAAACCACUGCCUAAUCAUCUUAAAUACAUCUUUCUUGGUGAUAAUAAUACUUUCCUAGUUAUUGUAUCUGCAACACUAGAUGUAACUUACGAAGAGAAAUUUGUCCAUAUCCUUAAGCAACAUAAACGAGCUAUUGCUAGGAGUAUUGUCGAUAUCCAAGGCUUUAGUCCAUCUUUUUACAUGUACAAGAUCAAGUUGGAAGAUAAAGUGCAAUGCGUUCCUAAAAAGAGUGGCUUCAUUGUGGUUAGCAACGAUAAAUACGAAUUAAUUUCUACACACAUUUCUAUGGGAUGGCGAGUCUGUAUGGAUUAUCGCAAACUUAAUGUUGCCACAAGGAAUGACCACUUCCCACUUUCUUUCAUUAACCAAAUGUUGGAUAGGAUUGCUAAAAGAGCCUAUUACUACUUCGUAGACGACUAUUCUGGGUACAAUCAAAGUACUAUUGCACUGGAGGAUCAAGAGAAAAAAACUUUCACUUAUCCCUUUUGUACUUUUGUUUUUCGCCAUAUGCGUUUUGGUCUUUGCAGCACACCAGCCAUAUUUCAAAGGUGCAUGAUGGCAAUAUUCUCGGGUAUGAUUGAUUUCUCAAUAUAUGGGAAUGAUUUUGAUCAUUGCGCUAACAAUUUGGAUAAAGUUUUGCAAUGA